GAACUCCGGGCUGAAAUGGAAGAGAUGCGUGACAGCUAUCUUGAAGACGAUGUUUACCAACUACAGGAACUUCGACGAGAGCUGGAUCGUGCAAACAAGAACUGUCGUAUCUUGCAGUAUCGUCUCAGGAAAGCUGAACAGAAAAGCUUGAAAGUUGCACAGACGGGUCAGGUGGAUGGAGAACUAAUCAGAAGCUUAGAACAAGAUCUAAAGGUAGCCAAAGAUGUAUCUGUCAGGCUGCACCACGAACUGGAAAAUGUGGAGGAAAAGCGUGCUAAAACAGAGGAUGAAAAUGAAGUUCUUCGUCAACACAUCAUUGAGGUGGAAAUAUCCAAACAGGCAUUGCAAAAUGAGCUAGAUAAAUUGAAAGAGAACUCCCUGAAGAGAAGAGGAAGCAGGGAUAUUCAUAAAGAAAAGAAGGCAUUUGCUCAGGAAGACAGUGCUGAUUUGAAGUGCCAGCUUCAGUUUGCCAAAGAGGAAGCAGUACUGAUGCGUAAGAAGAUGGCCAAGUUAAGCAGAGAGAAAGACGAAUUGGAACAAGAGCUUCAAAAGUACAAAUCCAUCUAUGGGGAUGUGGAAAGUCCUCUCCCCAUUGGAGAGGCUGGAGGACCACCCAGCACAAGAGAAGCUGAACUGAAGCUUCGUUUAAAAUUAGUGGAAGAAGAAGCUAACAUAUUGGGCAGAAAGUUAGUAGAACUAGAGGUGGAAAAUAGAGGAAUUAAGGCUGAGAUGGAGGACAUGAGAUGCCAGUAUGAAAGAGUAUGUCUUAACCAGGAACAUGUUUCAAGCAUUCCUACCUCACCUUAUGGUGACCCUGUGGAAUCAGCUGCAGAGUUGCGUCAUCAUUUGCAAUUUGUAGAAGAAGAAGCAGAACUUCUUAGGAGAUCUAUCUCUGAAAUUGAAGAUCACAAUAAGCAACUAACAAAUGAAUUAAAUAAAUUCAAGUUUGACCCUGGACAAGAAUCUGAUUGGUUUCAUGAAAAUGCAUCUAAAUGCAGUGGAUCCUUACAAGAAGAACUGAAGUCAGCCCGGAUGCAAAUCAAUGAACUGAAUGGAAAAGUGAUGAAACUCCAGUAUGAAAAUCGUGUACUAUUAUCUAAUGUGCAGCGCUAUGAUCUUGCCUCUCACCUAGGAUUGCGAACAUGCAGUCCCAGGGAUAGUGAUGCUGAGAGUGAAACAGGGAAGAAAGAGUGUGACAGUGAAGAAAGUCAUCUACCUCAACCAAGGAGAGAAGGACCCAUUGGGGGUGAAAGUGAUUCUGAAGAUUUAUAUGAAAAGACAUCAGGUUUUGGGAGUGGGAAACACUCAGAAGUUAGUAACUUGUGUUCCGCUGAUUUAACACGGGCCAAAGAGAACUCAGAGUCAUUUAUCAGUAUCAAAUAUGAGGCUGAAAGGCUUGAAAGAACUAUGGAACGCCUUAUCAUUGAUACAGACAAUUUAAUAUAUGAAACAAAAGUCCACAUAAAUAGCAGUGCUGCCUCUGAGCAAAUUUUUAAAAAAGAUGAGGGAAAAAAGGGGAACAAGAAUGAACCAGAACCUUUAAGCGCUAUUAAUUUAAGGAUGAAACAUUUUCAGAAAGAACUGCAAACUUUUUUGGAGAAGGUUGAUAACAUUGGGGCUGACUUCAAAGAACAACUGGAAGAUCUUUCCCCUCUUCCUCACCUUACAGAGUCCUCUAGUUUUCUGUCCACAAUGACAUCCAUCUCUCGAGAUUCACCCAUUGGAAACCAAGGAAAGGAAUUAAUUAUAGAUUUCCAGUCCAAACAAAAGGAUCAGUUGGAAUGGCAGCGCAGCCCAGACCAUGGAGAUGAGAAAGAGAUUCAUCAACAACAAGGCACCACAGAACCACAUGGCAGAACUGAUGGAGACCUUAAAUUCUACAGGCCAGAAAACAAGAAUUGUUUCAGUCUAGAGAAUGUAUCAAUACAGGAGCUUCAGGCUCAGCUAGAGCAGGAGAUGAAACUUCGACAAGAAGAGCAAGAAACCUUUUCAGAAAGGAUAAUUCAGUUGGAAGAAGACCAUCUGCAAAACUUACAAAGAAAAGAUUUAGAGGUACAAAGCUUGACUUUGCAGAACAAACUGGAAGAGAAAACUUGGAGUCAGGAGAAAAUUCUGAUGUAUCAAGAACUCAGACAUUUCAAGCAGAACAUUUUUAUCCUAUAUGUCAAAUUGAAAUGGUUGCUAAAACAUUGGCGACAUGGCAGGCAAAUAGAAAAGCAAGAAGAAGACAUACUUGAGAUGGAACACCUUGAUCCCAUGCUAGAAAUCACCUUUCAGUCUGAACAAAAAGGUGACGAAGAGGGGGAGGAAGAGGAGGAAGAAGCUUUUGCAAUGACAAAUUACUCCCUUCAUUCCACAGUGGAAAUAAGCAACCAUGGACCACAACUACAGACAGCAGAGUUGUUGCAGCUACAAAAGCAGGCAAAGGAUAAUAGCCGACUCUUGCAUGCCCUGAAAAUAUUGUUGGAUAACUUCCAAUCAGAACUCCAAGAUGAUGAGCAAGAGCGUCAUGAUUUGCAACAACAAUAUGCCACUGACAAAGCUGCGUGGGAAAUGGAAUGGACUAAAUUGAAAUGUCAACUGGAGCAGCUGGAAGGGAAGACUGAAAAAGCACAGAGUCAAACUGGCCUUGAUGCCACAACAACUUUCAAAAGAGAAAGAGAGGAACACAAGAAACUCUUAGCAGAGAGUCAUCGAUUAGUAAUGGACUUGCAAUGGCAAUUUCAGCACAAUGAGAAAAACUGGAAAAGAGAAAAAGUAGAGCUUCUAGAAAAACUUGACAAAGACCGGCGAGAGUGGGAGAGGCAAAAAAAGGAUCUGCUCAGGAAGGCAGAACAGCCUCCGAAAGUAAAUCCACCAAGGGGGGACAGCAUCCUUUCUGAUUCAAAAGAAUCUGCCUUUCAUUCAUUUUCACAUCAAGGGAACCAUCAUGUGCCUCAUCCAUUGGGAUCAAGGUCCUAUUCUGAUUCAGAAACCAUGCAAUUUGAAGAUCGAUCACUGUCUAAAUUGAAGGAAAGUGACAGAUGCACUGCCACAGAAAACCUAUUUCUAGACACCUUGUCCCUCGAUUCUCCAGAUGAUUCUGAUGAACCACAAUCUCAGAAAGUGGAACAAGAGAGGUUCUUAACUUGUGUAAAUGAGGAAGAAGAAAUGCACAAGGGAAAUCUGCAAAGGGCAAUGUCAGUUUCCUCCAUGUCAGAGUUCAAGCGUUUGAUGGACAUUUCUCCCUUUCUUCCUGAAAAGACUAUACCAUCCUGUAACACCAAAGAAGAUACAACACCUCCAUUAUCUCCUGAUGAUUUGAAAUACAUAGAGGAAUUUAACAAAAAUUGGGAUUAUAACACUACCGGAAGCCAGAGUGGAGCUUUAGAAAGGCCUUCAGAUACAUGGGCAGAAAGGACAGAGAUGGGAAAGGCAGUAAAUAAUUCUGUUCCAGAUCCAUUCCAGCCAUCUUCAUGGUACCUUACCACAAGUGUUACUAUGACAACGAACACCAUGACGAGUCCUGAACACUGCCAGAAACAGUCACCAAGAAGUCACAUUGUCACAGAGAAAAUAGGAGUUAGAGUCUUCCAUAGUCCACCAUUGGUUCGCAGGUUUGAUAACUCACUUGUCCCUGGCAAUGAAGGGAAAAAUCAGCCUGAGGCAGACUUUUUGUUUCCCGUGACCAAAGCUAAAGGAAAUGUGGGUGAGAUAAAAAGUGCUUCAUCAGAAGUGCUUGGAAGAUGGUCCUGUGACCUCUCCAAACAUCAUAAUGAUUUUCUAGAAACUGGCCUUCAUCCUAUUGAACAUCCUAUCUGUACUACGGUGGGUUUUGCCUCAUCCUUGCACAAUCUGGAGCUGUCCAAAAACAUGAGUGAUGAUAUGAAAGAAGUAGCUUUUUCUGUCAGAAAUGCAAUACAUUCGAGCUCAACAGAUCUUCAAUUCAGAGACACAGCUUGUCAAACUAAUGGAAUGAGAACAAUGGGGACACAGACUACUCAAACUAUCAAUGUGGGCUUACAGACAGAUACUUUGCGUGCGAUCACUAGCAGUCCACAUAAAUGUCUGACACCAAAGGGGGGCUCUACACCUGUUUCCUCGCCAUCAAGAAGUUUAAGAAGCAGACAAGUGGCUACUGCUAUUGAAAAGGGAAAAUAUGAACGGACAUGUUGUUCUCCAAAAUAUGGCUCUCCAAAAUUACAAAAAAAAGUUUGUUCCAAAACAGAUCAGCCAAUUAACCGGAUAUUACCAAGCACACCUCAGAAAGGAUUUAGUGAAUCUGCUUGGGCCAGAUCUACCACGACGAGAGAGAGUCCAGUUCAUACUACAAUAAAUGAUGGCCUCUCAAGUCUAUUCAAUAUCAUUGACCAUACCCCUAUAACUUAUGAUACUUUCCAAAGAUGCUCCAGUUCCAGCAGCCGGUCAAGAUCAGCAGAACCCAGGCCAGAACUUGGGUCUAUGCAAGAUAUGUGCACAAGUAUGCGUGGCAGGUCACCCAGUCCUCUUCGUUUGGGUACAGAACCACAAAAAGAUGAAAUGGAUGAAAUUACAAAUAUCAGGCAAGAAUUAUCUACUCCUCCAGGAUACAUGCUAACAGAAAACGCUGCCAGAAUCCUGAACAAGAAAUUUAUAGAGAAUGCCUUAGCUUCACAUACCCCUCCAAGUCUUAGCAAUGAAAACCAUCACACAAAAGAAAUAGUCAAAGUUGAACCAGGAUCCAUUGAGGAACUACCUUGUUCUGCACUGGCUCCAUCCUUAGAAUCCUGCUUCUCUAGACCUGAGAGACCAGCAAAUCAGCGCCCACCAUCCCGAUGGGCCUUACAUUCUCCUACUGCCUCACUUCAGAAGACUAUGUAAACCAGAAACUGCUAUUAGAGAAUUCAAACCAAUGACACAAACCUGCAUGAAUUAUCACAUCAUAAUUUGCUAUCUUUUGUAUGAUGGAUCCAUUAUCAUGGCCAGUCUCUGUCAGUGAGAAGUUCCAGUGUUCAAAGAAUGUUCUAGAAUGCAGCUUCUUAGUAUACAACUAGAGAAACCCUGAUGUUUCUAGAAUGAAACAGCUAAUGUGCCUGUUAAUAACUUAUUUUUUCAUAGCUCAGAAAACUAUUUUUGCCACCAUCUUUUCUACACACAGUAUAUUAA